AAGAUCUGGCCUUGAAGGAGCUUAUCGUCUUAAGAGCAAAAGACGUCUCUAUAAGUAACUACAAAUAUGAAGAAUAAGUUUUGCAGCCACGAGUAUUAUAUGGCAACAUGGUAGCUUAUUAGCAUGGACCGAGCGCCCAAAUCUCUAUGGCUUUCAGAGUUGUCACAAAGCAGAGUAGCAUGCCCAUGUCAUGCCUUUAAAGAUUUCCAAUUAAGUUGAAUUUAGAGAACAAUUGGAGAAUGCAAAAGUUUAUAAAAAAUUAUAUAGAACAGCAAAAGUAUAUGAUAAAAAUUUUAAAUGCCUUUAAAAUGAACAUAUAAAAGUUAAAGAAACAGCAAAUACUAUUUAAACUAAGUUUCUUUGGUGGUAGAAGUGAACAUUGUUAACACUGUCUUGGAAGUGUGCCUUUAAUGAAUUCUAGGAAAGGAUAGAAGUCCUCUGAAUCCAAAACUUUUGCCAGAUUAGUAUCAUACCCCAUGUUUCCCCAUCACCAGAAGAGUCUGGGCAGAGAUUGGACUACACCGUGGGAGAAUCUGCAAAGGUGUUGCUGGAACAGACAUAUUUCUAGUUGUAUGAGGUGGCCUGGACAUUAUUCUCGUGCUCCUUACCCAUACUUCAGUAGUAGGCAUUUUUCACUACAUUGGAGACCACCUUGUUUGUUUGAGUCUAGAACUCCGUUUCAGUACUGGAACUGGAGACCUGACAGCCUGAGCCACAGCUCUUUGAUUCAUCUCUCUAGUUACAUCAUGAACUCUGAGGGAGAUGAGCCUUCAUCAAAACGAAGAAAACACCAAGGCACAAUACAACGGCAUUGGGAAUAUAUAUGUAACCAUAAUAAAGACAAGACGAAGAUCCUAGGAGACAAAAAUGUUGACCCCAAAUGUGAAGACAGCGAUAACAAGUUUGACUUCUCAGUGAUGUCCUAUAAUAUACUUUCACAAGAUUUAUUGGAAGACAAUUCACACCUCUAUAGACACUGCCGGCAGCCAGUUUUACACUGGAGUUUUAGGUUUCCCAAUAUUUUGAAAGAAAUUAAACACUUUGAUGCAGAUGUACUUUGUUUGCAAGAAGUUCAAGAAGAUCAUUAUGGAGCAGAAAUCAGACCCAGUUUGGAAUCUUUGGGUUAUCACUGUGAAUACAAGAUGCGGACAGGAAGGAAACCCGACGGCUGUGCCAUUUGCUUCAAACAUUCCAAGUUUUCACUCUUAUCAGUGAACCCAGUGGAAUUCUACCGCCGUGAUGUCCCUCUGUUGGACAGAGACAACGUUGGAUUAGUGUUACUCCUGCAGCCCAAACUUCCACGUGCUGCCUCUCCUGUGAUCUGUGUAGCUAACACACAUCUCUUGUAUAAUCCAAGGCGAGGGGAUAUUAAGCUGACCCAACUGGCGAUGCUUCUGGCAGAGAUUUCCAGUGUUGCCCAUCAGAAAGACGGCAGCUUCUGCCCUAUCGUCAUGUGCGGUGACUUUAAUUCUGUUCCUGGUUCUCCACUCUAUAGUUUUAUAAAGGAGGGAAAAUUGAAUUAUGAAGGACUCGCCAUCGGAAAGGUAUCUGGCCAGGAACAGUCUUCACGGGGACAAAGAAUUUUAUCUAUUCCAAUUUGGCCCCCAAACCUAGGUAUCUCACAGAACUGUGUGUAUGAGGUACAGCAGUUACCAAAAGUAGAAAAGACAGAUGGUGAUCUGACACAGACAGAGCUGGACAAAACAGAGGUCCUAGUGACAGCUGAAAAAUUAUCUUCAAAUUUACACCACCAUUUCAGCUUGUCAUCUGUUUAUUCACAUUAUUUUCCUGACACUGGAAUUCCAGAAGUGACCACUUGUCAUUCCCGAAGUGCCAUAACUGUGGAUUAUAUUUUCUAUUCUGCCGAAAAGGAAGACGUUGCUGGGCAGCCAGGAGCUGAAGUUGCUCUGGUUGGUGGCUUGAAACUUCUGGCCAGACUAUCACUCCUUACAGAACAAGACUUAUGGACUGUUAAUGGACUUCCAAAUGAAAAUAACUCUUCGGAUCAUCUGCCUUUAUUGGCUAAGUUCAGACUUGAGCUGUGACUCUUCUUUGAUGACACAUAUACUUUUGUGUCCAGUUUGUAUUCUUUUCACAAAGUGUAAAAUAGCUCUUGAGAGUUUGCAUGUUUAUUUUUGCGCUGUGGAGUUUCGGAAGAGGUUCUGUUCAAGGCUUCAAACAGAUGUCGGAAGAAACAAGUUUACAACAAUUUUCUUUGUAAUAAUGAAAAAGUAUUUUCCUGACCAGUGAGUUCUAAAUGCUCCCUCCUUGUUGUAAAAGAGUUGUAAAUAUUUUUUAUCCUAAAUCCCAGUAAAAUUGACAGUGAUUUUUAAAUAUAGCGCAUCCUCUAGUGUUAGUAAAGAAUUUCAGUUGAUGUUUUUGGCAAGCUUUACAGUGGAUCCAAAGUAUCUCUGAGUUCUUGCAAACCACAACUCAUUUCCCUUCCAGAAGGCUUGAUUUCAUUGUGCGGACCAUCUGUUUGUCAAGUCCUAAUUCAUCUCAGAAAUCACUGGGUCGUUCACAAGUGUCUAACCAACCAUUUUAGUUUGGUUUUGAGGGGGCGUAAUGAUGCUUUCUAAAAUUGUACAAAUUGCUUAAUCCAGCUUAUUACUAUCCUGAGCCAUGUAAUGUGUCUACAUUUUGUUGGGAAAUGUAGUAGGAGAGGAGUUUUACACAUGCCCUCUCUUUUCCAUCCUGUGGGACAGACCAUUCCAGCAUGCCGGAGAGAGAGGCAGAGACUGGGUUUUAACGCUUUCAUUUCCCUAGCAAUUUUUUUUUCCUUUUUUCUAUUCCAUUUCAGGAAGACAUCCCCAGGUUGGGGGAGAGACUUUAUUUUUCUGAACCAGUUCUAUAGAAAUUUAUUUUAUUAGGAAGCUUGUCUUUAGAACAAAAUGUCAGCUAUGAGAUUAUUUUGGUUUUGCCUCAGAUACUUAGGAAGCCCGCAAAACUAGUGGGGAGAUACCAACUUGGAGACCUAAUACUCUCAAGUAGUAAUUUAAGCUUAGUGGUUUUGUUUCUAAGAUGUUAGCUACUUUGUUUUCUUUUAUCAUGAGGCCGCAGUGUGCAUGGUGCUGACAUUUUUUUUUUUGUAAAGUGGUUAAGAGCAGGUCUAAUUAGCCCACAGCUGGCACUAUGUGAAUGUUUGAAUCAAAAAUUUUAAAAUCGAAAAAGUGAAAAUGUCCCCUUUUUUGAGGCAUUAGGAUCAAAGAGUUAUGUGCGUUUUUACUAAGUAGUAAUUUUAUAUUUGAAUUACACUGAAUUAUAAAAGUUUCUACAAUGGGCAUUCUUCGUAGAAUGACUCCUGUGAAAUUAGAAAGCAGUAGUUCCUCCAAGUCCUGGACUUCAAAGGUUUUUGUACGAAAGUAUAUUGACUACAGUUAUUUUUUAACAAAAUAAAUCAGAUGACUACCUGAACAAAGCAUGUGGGUUAUAAGGAUUUGCCUAGUAAAAAUUGUAAAAAGCAAUUAUUUUUAAAUGUUUCAUUUCUCACUUUUUUGGGUUUUUACUUACAGUAUUACCUGUAGUUCUAAGAUUUUCCACAUUUUCUAGUAACAGUUUGCAGAAUAUUCAGUGUUCUAAUUAGCAGAUACUGUUGCUGUCAAAUAAUAAUAGUGUAAUUAAUCCCUUUUAAUAUUGGGGAAAGAAAAAAGAAAAUUCAUUAAGUACCGCUUUGUGUUACAUGAGUUUAUUAACAAAUAAUUUUGUGUAUAGGUCAUUGUUGGCAAACUAACAUCCCUGAAAACCUCUGUGAAAACUUAAUGUUUUAUAUCCUGAUUAAUAUAUUGACUUUAGGCCCUUUUCAUGUGCUUCACUUUGUGGAGUUAAUCCAUAAAAAUGCUUUCUACUUUAA